AUGUCUUCACGAACACGCAAGAAAUUCCGGGCAGCAACAUUUCAUUGCUCGUACAAUGGAUGUAUCAAAACCUCAACAACUUCAUGGGGCAUACAACAACAUUAUAAUCGAAAACACGUUAUUCCCGCUGCUCUAAACACCCAGCCCGCUAUUCCACGAUCACCAACAGAUAUUCCACCAUCCUCACGUUCUCCCUCUCCAAGUUUGCAACCCUGGUCCAAUACCUUUUCGCCUCGUCGCUCUCCUCGGCGAACACCAUCCGGAUCUCCAAAAUCCUAUCCAAACAGUGCAAAUCCAGUACCUAAAUCCAAUACACGAAGACCAUGCGAUUUGGCGGGCAACUACCUUCCCCCAAAUACAAAGCCACCGCCCGUUGAACCUCACAAUAAGAAUGACUUUACUCCCUUUGCAACUCGGACAGAAUUUGAAAUGGCUGAAUUUUUAUUCGUCGAAGAAGAGAUGUCAGCAGGUAGGAUAGACCGUCUUUCCCAACUUUUAGGUGCCAAUUAUCCCGACCAAGACCCACCAUUUGCAAAUCACUCUGAUCUUUACGCCUGUAUUGAUAGCAUUAAGCAGGGUGAUAUUCCGUGGACCUCAUUUUCAGUAACCUAUAAUGGCAAAAUACCAGAAGAUGGUCCCGUUCCCGAGUGGAUGAUGCAAAAAUACGAAGUUUGGUUUCGCAAUCCACUGCAUGUUCUAGAGCAGCAAAUCGGCAACCCCACAUACAACAAAAUUGCUCAAGACAUCAAAUGUCAUGGCUCAAUGUUCUGCCCGGCAACAUCCAUAACAAAAUGCGACGAGCUCACAAGAAUGCCGUCUCACUGGUUGGAUUUCUUGCUAUUCCUAGAAAUUAUCCGGAGCAGGCAUUGCUUGCAUGCAUUGUUCAAGGAUGGUGCCCAAGGAAAAUGCACAUCUCACCCCGACGACCUAGAUGCACCUAGCCCUCGGCGAUCACAGAUGCAUACAAAAGCCCUUGUAGACGGAUGUACACUUAUAGAACUGUGGGAUGAUUAUGGCAUAGUUGGCGACUUAUUUCCGUUUACUACAUCAUUCCCCCGAGCUGAUAUACACGAACUUCUUGCACCCGAUUUACUUCAUCAAAUUAUUAAAGGAACAUUUAAAGACCAUUUGGUAGACUGGGUCACACAGUAUAUCAAUCAACAUCAUGAACCACCGACUGCAAAGAAGAUUUUGGCUGAUAUUGAUCAACGGUAUACAUUCUUGGCUGGUCUAAAGAAAACAUUUGAUGGCUAA